AUGCAAUCUGAUUACGUGGCGACAGCAACAGCCACAUGGGCCUUUCUCCGGAGUUUCGGCUCUGUCUGGGGUGUUGCAAUCCCCGUUGCCGUCUUCAACGGCCGAGUCAACGAUCUUUUGCACCGCGUCGGCGAUCAAGGGUUACGAAGUAUGCUGGCUAAUGGCGGUGCAUAUGGUCUUGCCGGAGAGGGCGGGUUGAGUGAUCUCUUCGGCCAGACCAAUGACCCAGAUACUGUGGCUCAAGUCACAAGCGUCUAA